GGGAACGGAGUUCCUUUUGUCAACGGAAUUCCGUAUUUCCUCUUCGUAUUUUUAUUUAAAAUUUUACCUCAAAUUUUCUUAUUUGAUUUUACAGUAAAAAUCAUUAUGGCAUGGAACGUGUUCAAAUUCUGUACCGCGUUACGUGCCUUUGGUUCGAUUAUGAUUGUUUUCUUUCUUGGGCUUGUUGGGGUCACUUAUUACGCUGUGGUCGUUGCUUAUUAUGGUCCACAUCUCUUUCGUGGAGGCUUUGAUACGCUUAUUGCUGUUGCAUUUCUCUUCUUGUUUCAUCUUCUGCUUGUAAUGGUACUAUGGACUUACGCUACUGUUGUUCUAACGGAUCCUGGGGGUGUUCCACUAAAUUGGAGGCCUCUUAGGGAGGAAGAGAAAGGUGAUGCUGAUCCUUUGGUAGGUUUAGGUUAUGGAAUUGCAAAAAUUGGCACAAAUCAGUCAGCUGUGCCGGGUGAUUUCAAAAACCUAGACAUAGGUUUCUGCUUGAAGUGCAACCGAUUGAAACCACCUCGCGCCCAUCAUUGCUCUAUUUGUAAUAGAUGUAUAUUGAAAAUGGAUCAUCACUGUGGUUGGGUCGCUAACUGUGUCGGGGCGUUGAACUACAAGUCUUUCCUUCUUUUCUUGUUUUACACAUUUCUUGCGGAAAUACUCGUCUGUUUAGCCUUAUUGCGGGUAUUUAUGGAAAUUUUUAAUGAUGAUGAGGUAGAUUUAACACCAGGAAAACUUGCAGCUACUUUCAUCGCAUUUGUCUUAAAUUUGGCAUUUGCAGUAAGUGUGCUGGGCUUUCUGAUUAUGCACAUAACAUUGGUCGGAGCUAACCGGACCACUAUUGAGUUUCAAGCAAAAGAUAAGAAAACCGGUCUUACAUGGCGCUAUGACCUUGGUUGGAAGAAAAAUUAUGAACAGGUGUUUGGUACAGAGAAGAAGCUGUGGUUAAUCCCAGUGUAUUCAAAGGACGAUAAAAGGAGGAUGCCAGCCCUACAGGGUUUCGAAUAUCCAACAAGACCCAACUGGGAUCCUCAGCAUUAGCUUAUAAGAGUUUUACAAAACAAGCUUUCAAGUCUGCCAUAAAUUAUGUUCAUCAUUGAACCAAAAAUUGAUUAUUUGUCCUUAAGUUUUCAUUUGUAUUUAUUUAUUUAUUUUAUUGAAUUUUGGUGGUAACACCAAGAGGUAUCGCAUAUGUAUAAAUUCAUUUCAUUGUAUAAAUGUAAAUGUAUAAAAAUCAUACAAAAACAUUUUGAUUA